UUCCACCACCUCCGCCUCGCAACAAAGCCAGCGCUGGAAUGUGUUGCGCGCUGAGCGAGUUGCAUAGGGAAGAAUGCCUCCGUCAACUCCCACUUCCCGGAGAUCCAAUCCGAGGCGACGAGCUGUUUCAAGGCACCCUUUACAGUCACCGAUGGGGCAAAACAAAUCGUCGAACAUGCCAAACACAAAAUUAUUUUAUCAAAAUUGUAGUCCGAUCACACUCAGUCCACUGGACGACUGCUAAAUUAUCAGUCAGUUUUUCGUUUCCACUUUCGGAAAUGUCCACUCGAUGGGGUUGUUUAUCUGUAGUAAGGGGAACUUGAAACCGCCCCUGCCCCAUUUCCUUGGUUGUUUUGCUCCUUUCGCCUGGAUUCUCCAUGUUGGAGCAGCAGGGAGGUUUUAAACGGGACUGAAGGGGAGUGUGCACAAUACUGCUAGCUAGCAUGCUAAGCAAUACUGAUAGUAAGGGAAAACUGAGACGGGUAGCUAAGGGAGUAGCUACCCAGAGAAAACCCAAACACACCGCCCCUCCCAUGUGAACAAGCAACUACAGAGAAGCGCAGGGAAAUGAUAAAACACUGUUGGUGAAACAAACUGAACACGGAUAUCAACGACAGUUCACGUGAAAUUCGUUGGGAAGCUUACGCGUUUUUGGGGAAAACGGGUUUGAUUUUUUUGACGUUUGUUAGAUGGAAAGUUCUGUCAUCACCCAAGUGCGGAAAGAAGACGUUAAACUCUCGUCAAAAACAGCUCCGAAGAAGUCCUCCCCCAAGAAGCCCGGCAGCCCCAAACUCUUCAAAGCCCUCUUCUGCUGCCUGCGAGCACAGGAUGUCCUGCGGCCACCGUCCGCCACCCAGGAUGCCUCGCUGCGCCCCGAGGACGGUGGGCCGGUUGCUAAGGCCCUGGGACCCCGCCUGCUGCCCGAACUGACCGAGCAAGACCAGGGGAAGAUCUGUGUGGUCAUCGACUUGGACGAGACCCUGGUGCACAGCUCUUUCAAGCCAAUCAGCAAUGCUGAUUUUAUUGUGCCUGUGGAGAUUGAAGGAACCACACAUCAGGUGUACGUGCUGAAGAGGCCGCACGUGGACGUCUUCCUCCAGCGCAUGGGCGAGCUCUUCGAGUGCGUCCUCUUCACCGCCAGCCUCGCCAAGUAUGCAGACCCGGUGACGGACCAGCUGGACCAGCGCGGGGUGUUUCGCACGCGGCUGUUCCGCGAGUCCUGCGUCUUCCACCAGGGCUGCUACGUCAAGGACCUGAGCCGGCUAGGCCGCCAGCUGAGCAAGACGCUCAUCCUGGACAACUCGCCCGCCUCCUACAUCUUCCACCCGGAGAACGCCGUGCCCGUGGUGUCCUGGUUCGAUGACCUCAAAGAUGCCGAGCUGCUCAACCUCCUCCCCGUGUUCGAGGAGCUGAGCCGGGCGGAAGAUGUCUACUCCAGACUCGGGCAGAUGAGAGCCCCCUGACCCCGGUUUCUGCCCCACCCUCAGCAGGCGCUUUUCUUCUCACCCCGCAAAGCCAGUCUUUGUGUGGAGCCGGACACGAGCGUGUUGGGUUUGGUUUGUGGGGCUGUUUCAGCAGGGUCGGCCCAGAACGGGUCACUGGCAGACGGCAUGGUCAGGGUGAGUUUGAGGAGGGCAAAGACGGUCAGUUUGGCGAACAUGGUUAGGCAGAGUUGGCCUGUUAUUACCCUAGACUGGUCAGGGUUGGCCUGUUAUUACCCUAGACUGGUCAGGGUUGGCCUGUUAUUACCCUAGACUGGUCAGGGUUGGCCUGUUAUUACCCUAGACUGGUCAGGGUUGGCCUGUUAUUACCCUAGACUGGUCAGGGUUGGCCUGUUAUUACCCUAGACUGGUCAGGGUUGGCCUGUUAUUACCCUAGACUGGUCAGGGUUGGCCUGUUAUUACCCUAGACUGGUCAGGGUUGGCCUGUUAUUACCCUAGACUGGUCAGGGUUGGCCUGUUAUUACCCUAGACUGGUCAGGGUUAGGCUGUUAUUACCCUAGACUGGUCAGGGCUAGCCUGCUAUUACCCUAGACUGGUCAGGGUUGGCCUGUUAUUACCCUAGACUGGUCAGGGUUGGCCUGUUAUUACCCUAGACUGGUCAGGGUUGGCCUGUUAUUACCCUAGACUGGUCAGGGUUGGCCUGCUAUUACCCUAGACUGGUCAGGGUUAGCCUGUUACUACCCUAGACUGGUCAGGGCUAGCCUGCUAUUACCCUAGACUGGUCAGGGUUAGCCUGUUACUACCCUAGACUGGUC